CAUGUCGAAAGUUUAUACCGUUCUCGGAGUGGACACCGCCGUUGGAGCAGCAGUAGCUUUCUAUCUUUCCAAGAAGGCAAAGGUGAAGGGUGUUCCCCUUGGCAACCCGAGAGGAAAAGGAGAGGUGGACCCGCCCCCGGGCGUGGAAAUAAUUCGCUGCGACCCCCAAAACGUCCGGAGUGUGGAACAUGCAUUGAACGGAUCUGAUGGAUGUUUUAUAUUCACAAUGUCGGACUUUAGAAACGACCCCAGCUUCAUGGUGAAUGAGUUAACGUACGGACGGACAAUUGCGGAAGCGUGUAAACGGUCGCGUGUGCCUCACGCGAUUUUCUGCACUGAGCCACACACCACCGAUAUCCAGGGGAUCGGCGCACGCCACAUGGUCGCUAAGGCUGAGAUUGAGCAGUGUAUUUGUGUACACGACGUCCCUCUCACCCUCCUGAUGCUGCCCCGGAGAUACGAGGAUAUCAUUGACUAUUUGGCACCUGAAAAAGUCGGACAGGACUUCUUGUUCGAACUGCCAAUGGACACAGAGACCCCUCUGAGUAUGAUCGGCGCUGAGGACUUGGGGCCAGUGGUGGAGCACAUCUUCAAUAACAGGGACCAUUUCACUGAUGUACGGGCCAACCCCGGUCCUAUCAGUCUGUGUGGUAGUAAGGUGGCCCGCCAAACCUUCGCUCAGUGCCUGUCCUACAACUUACGACCUCUCCAGUUCUUUGACAAACCACUGACCCACACAAUGUACCGUGACGCUAAUUCCAAACGGCCUUGGCGGGAGGACUACGCAAAUAUGUUUUUGUUCCUGAUGCGCACACGUUGGGACCAUAAGUACAGCACCGAACGCACGCGCAAAUUCAACCCCGACACAAAAUACUUUGAGGAAUGGGUACAAGCAAAUGCCCAGGCCCUUUACACUGCCUACACAGAGGUA